AGGGAUGCCCAAGAUCUCAAGGACACAGGCAUGAAGAUUGUUGAGAAAUGCGGAGGGCUUCCCCUGGCCAUCAAGACCAUCGGAGGGGUCCUCCGCGACAGAGGACUCAACAGAAGUGCGUGGGAGGAAGUUCUCCGCAGCGCCGCAUGGUCACGGACCGGGCUUCCCGAAGGUGUGCAUGGAGCACUGUAUCUGAGCUACCAAGACCUGCCGUCCCAUCUCAAGCAAUGCUUUCUCUACUGCGCCUUGUUCCGAGAAGAUUUUGAUUUUGAGAGUCCUGAAAUCGUCAGAUUAUGGAUAGCCGAGGGGUUUGUCGAAGCACGAGGAGAUGUCAGCUUGGAGGAAACAGGGGAGCAAUAUUACAUAGAGCUGCUUCAUAGGAGCCUUCUACAAUUGCAACCUUACGAUCUGGACUACGGUGAGUAUUCCAGGAUGCAUGACCUGCUGCGAUCGCUCGGCCAUUUCCUAUCGAAAGAUGAGAGCUUGUUCAUUAGUGACGUGCAAAAUGAGUGGAGAAGUGCUGCCGCCCCGAUGAAGCUGCGUCGGUUGUCGAUUGUGGCCACUGAAACCACGGACAUCCAGCAUAUCGUCAGUUUGAUCAAGCAACAUGAGUCGGUGAGGGCAUUGUUAGUACAUGGCUAUGCGAAGGAUAUAGAUGAUUACUUGAAGAACUUUGUGCGACUUAGAGUCCUCCAUCUCAUGGGCAGAAAUAUCCAGAGCCUACCACACUACAUGGGAAAUUUGAUACACUUGAGAUACUUGACGGUGUCUCAGAGCCAUAUAACGGAGCUUCCAGAAAGCAUAUGCAAUCUGACGAAUUUGCAGUUUUUGAUCCUUUUUGGAUGUAGACGGUUGACACAGAUCCCCCAAGGUAUAGUAAGACUAGUCAAUCUAAGGGCACUCGAUUGUAAAGGUACACGGCUGGAGAGCUUUCCAUAUGGAAUAAAAAGGUUGAAGCACCUCAAUGAACUCCAAGGAUUCGUCGUGAACACGGGCAUUGGUAUGUGCCCAUUGGAAGCAUUAUGCGGCCUCCAGGAGCUCAGAUACCUCUCCAUUCACAGGUUGGAGAGGGCGUGGCUGGAAGCUGAACCGGGAAGAGAUACGAGCGUCUUAAAGGGUAAACAAAAACUGAAGAAUCUAUAUUUAGGGUGCUCAUUCACAUACGAUGGUCACACGGAGGAAGAGAUUGAAAGAAUCGAGAAGGUGUUGGAUGUGGCACUUCAUCCACCAUCAUCUGUUGUUAUGCUCAGUUUAGAGAAUUUGUUCGGCCGCCGGUACCCAAGCUGGAUGGCGUCUGCAAGCAUCAGUUCGCUUCUUCCAAACAUAAGACACUUGGAACUAAUUGACUGCUAUGACUGGCCACUGCUUCCACCGCUAGGAAAGCUCCCCAGUUUGGAGUUUCUUGUCAUACGAGGUGCACGUGCAGUGACAACCAUCGGACCGGAAUUUUUUGGGUGUGAAGCUGCUGCUGCUACUGGAAAUGAUCGUGAACGGAAUUCAAAGCGCCCUUCUUCUUCUCCUCCUCCUUCGUUGUUUCCGAAACUAAGGCAGCUGGAACUCAGGAAAAUGACUAACAUGGAAGUGUGGGAUUGGGUAGCGGAAGGCUUUGCUAUGCGUCGCCUCGACAAAUUGGACCUCGUAAAUUGCCCCACGUUGAAGUCCCUACCGGAAGGCCUGAUCCGACAGGCAACCUGUUUAACCACAUUGAAUCUGAGGGAUGUGUGUGCUCUCAAGUCCAUCAGAGGUUUCCCUUCUGUAAAAGAACUGAGUAUAAGUGGUGAAUCAGAUCUGGAGAUUGUUACUGAUCUCCCUGCACUGGAGGUAUUGGAGUUGGGUGAGUUUUUGCUUCCAAACAAUCAUUUACCAGAGUGGUUGGCGGCUUGCCCUGCAUGCUUCACUUCGCUCCAGAGGCUGGACGUAUUGGGAACCACCCAACUCCUCCGCAGAUGCCUCCAAAAUGGCGCAGACUGGCCCAUGAUCAAACACUUUCCAAAUUUUUCCAUCAAAGAUGACCGAGGCAAUUAUAUAAACUACAUCAAGCAUUCCGGCACCUUCGAGACAAACCUAGUCGAUGAUGCUGCUGCUUUCGCUGCUGCUGCUGCUGAAGAAGAAGAAGAAGGAGAAGACAUCAAUGAGCUUUGAGAGAGAUCGACAUCAUUCACGAUGUAAUUGGCAGUCAUGUCUAAAAUGAUCAUUGCAAAUGGAGCUGACCGUGGAAAGUCCGAGACUUUUGAGCGGAAAUGCAGAUCGAGAGGUUGGUUGCGACUCAUACUAAAUUCCUAUGAUAUGGUGUUGAAACUACAUUCCCAAGAUAUGGUGAUGAAACUAUAUAUAUUGAGGAACAUACAGAUCAUGUGUUGUGGAAUUACUGUAGAACUAAGAUGCAGACCUGUG